UCCAUUUUAUUCAACUCUUCCUGUUUUAACUACCUUUAGUGGCACCCACGAUACAUCACAUUAACAUCUCCCACUUUACAAUAUCUUUUAGUUCAAUAUUUGUAUCUUUGUCGUCCCUGUAGUUUUCAUUGUCAUGCUUAAAGGUCGUUGCUGUUGUCUUUUUUAGAUUUUGUUUUUUUUUUAAAUGACGAAAUUUGAAGACUUCUUGAUGCAGCAAAGUGAUGAGAAGCAGAAAAGAAGUGAGCUUGAGGAGGAGGUUGAGAAAUUGCAGGCAGAAUUAGAUGGAGAAUUGACACUCAACAAAGUUUUGCAAUGUGCACUUGGUGGCCCUGUUAUUUCACAUCCUCUUCUUUCCUCUUUUCUUCCACCUCAGGUUCAUGAGCUUCUUUCAGAGCUGGCAAUGGUGGAGGAAGAAAUAGUGUGGCUUGAGAGGAAAGUUGAAGAGCUGAAAAUGAGAUUGUAUCAUGAAAAGAAACAGACCAAGGAAUGGCAAAUGCAGAAGUCACAGACAGAGAAGCAACAGAGGAGGCUGCGGCGGGCUAAUCACUUGUUAUGUGGACCUGAAAAUCCAUCGAUGCUCAAUAAGGAUCUCCAAGUUCGAACCAGGUCUCAAAAUUAUGAUGAAUUCAGAAAAAGAAGAAUGAGAAGUAGUAGAAGAGCUUCUGUGGGUUCUGAAAUAGAGAUCUUAAGCAUGUCUUCUACAGGGUUCCCUGAAGAAAUUUAUGAGAAAUCAAGGAGGCAUACAAGUAGAAUCCCAAAACAUUCUUCUGCUGUUGAUAAAGAAACUGCCUGUGAGAAACCAAAUUUACUCUCAGAAGAACUCAUCAAAUGCCUAAUAGGCAUAUUUCUAGACAUGAACCAGUCGGCUCAAGAUCGAGAAGGAUCAGCCAUUGUUCCGAAGCUUAGCCUCUCCUGCAUGAAUUCAAAAGGCUUCAUAUCAAAGAAUGCAUCAAGUCUUGAUCCUUAUGGCAUAUUGCCAGAUUUAGAUGGCAGCAUCAGAGACAUAGGUCCAUACAAGAACCUCAUCCAAAUCACCAGAAGCUCAGUAGACAUCAAUCGUCUCGCAGAAUGUUUAUCAGCAGUCAGAAAAUUGAGGGUUUUGAUGCAUAAACUAUCCAAUGUAGACUUGACAUUCUUGACUUACAAGCAGAAGCUAGCAUUUUGGAUCAACAUCUACAAUGCCUGCAUAAUGCAUGCAUUUCUAGAACAUGGGUUGCCCUCUACACAGGAGAAAUUACUCGCACUCAUGAACAAGGCUGCACUGAAUGUGGGUGGUAUAGUACUGAACUCGCUGGCAAUUGAACACUUUAUCCUUCGACAUCCCUGUGAAGCAGCAUCUGAACCCACAUACCAGAAAGAAACGCUUCUAAGGCAUGCAUAUGGUUUGGGGUAUCCAGAGCCAAAUGUGACAUUUGCCCUUUGCAGAGGCAGUUGGUCCUCACCAGCAUUGAGAGUGUAUACUCCAGACGAAGUAGUGAAUGAAUUGGAAACGGCAAAAGUGGAGUAUCUGGAAGCUUCAGUGGGAGUUACAAACAAGAGAAAGAUUGUGGUUCCAAAGCUUCUGCAGUGGCACAUGAAAGACUUUGCGGACGACAUGGACUCACUACUGGAAUGGAUUUACAGUCAAUUGCCACGUUCUGGGUCACUGAAAAGAUUGAUGAUGGAAUGCCUAAAUGGAGAAGUUAAAAAUCCUUCAACAAAAAUGGUGGAAACUCAACCUUAUGAAUUCGAGUUCCGUUACCUACUGCCCCUGUAAAUGAGAUGAAAAACAACCCAAAAAAUGGCAUAAUCAUGAUACUGCAAAUGAAGUGUAGCUUUACCUUGAUCAUUAUCCAUUACCUUUGUUCGUCGCCAGGCAAUUGCCGACUUUAUCAAGACAAUUUACUACUUCGAUAAAAUUUUUAGUA